AUGACAUUUGAACCGGGGUAUAAUGAGCUGGGAGGUAUUCUGAAGUUGGGAGAGGUUUUGACUUGUAGGACGCUGAUCUACUCCUCAAAGUCUUCGUCAUCCAACAGAUCAAGUGCAUCUUGCAGAAUUGCUUGUAGGCGAGCCUGCGGGGAUGUAUUGGGUGCUGAAAGUCCGUGGGACGGCUCGACGUUGCACAGCAGCCUCAUCGGCAAUCGGUUCGAUGGAUCCGUUGUCUCGUGGUGGAUGGUAAGCGGAUUCCUAGAUGUCAAGCUGAAGGCUCUAUAA